AUGUCACUUGGGGAAAUUUAUCAUUUGCUUUUAUAUUUGGAAUGGGAUAUAAGCUUAAUUCACGGUGAUCUUGGUAUUGUCAGUUAUACUAAUUCAGAAAUAAGUAGAUCAGAAGCCGAUAAAAAUGCAAGAGCAUAUCUUCAAAAGGCUUCCGUUAAUUCUGAAGGUCUAGAACAAGUUAGCUAA